CAAGAAGAUUGCGAGCUUGUGAUGGCUCCGACGCUUCCACCAACUGACGAUCGUAAUGAGAAGCCGACAAGCCCCGUCGGAGGCAGAAACGCGGCACCCACCGGUGAUGUCACUUUGCGAAAGUGUUUGGAACAGGACAAUUCGCCUAGCGACAGCACCGUUCGUGUCAUUCAUACAGCGGCGGUGGUAUCACUGACCAAGCGUUCAGGCAAUACCUCAUCUUCCUCUGGGCCGAACGACUUAGCGGGUAGCAAGCAUUGA